GGACAUUCUUUACAGUGUGGAGCGCCUUUGCUCAUGCGUGUUGGGACUCCAGCUCCGCUCGUACUGUGUGCCAGUCCUGUCAGGGAACAUUCUGUGUGUCUGCCAGCCCAGUCGAUACACCAGCAAUUAGUUAGCUCCAUUUAGUUCCCAUUAAUCACUCAGUCGGUCAGAUAGUGUGUUCAUCCGCUGCAUCCGCAGCAGCAGCAGCUGGGAUGUGUGAGUAGAAUCCCGCCAGGCUCAGCCACAGCACCCAGAGGUGUCUCCAAACAUGGACAGGAUAGGGGUGUCAUUCCUGGACCCUUUGGAUGACUACGAGUUAAUUCACCGAAUUGGGUGCGGCACUUACGGAGAUGUGUUCAAGGCCCGUAACAUCAGGACAUCUGAACUGGCAGCUAUCAAGAUUGUCAAGCUUGACCCUGGUGAUGACAUCACGUCCAUCCAGCAGGAGAUUACAAUGAUGAAGGAGUGCAAGCACAAAAACAUCGUGGCCUACUUCGGCAGCUACCACAGGAACACCAAGCUGUGGAUCUGCAUGGAGUACUGCGGUGGAGGGUCACUUCAGGAUAUCUAUCAUGUGACAGGCCCAUUGAAGGAGAAGCAGAUAGCAUACGUGUGCAGAGAAACCCUCCAGGGUUUGUAUCACCUGCAUGAAACUGGCAAAAUGCAUCGAGACAUAAAGGGAGCCAAUAUCCUUUUGACAGAGCGAGGAGAUGUGAAACUGGCUGAUUUUGGAGUGGCAGCAGAGAUCAGUGCCUCUGUAGCCAAAAGGAAGUCUUUCAUAGGAACUCCCUACUGGAUGGCUCCAGAGGUGGCAGCAGUGGAGAAGAAGGGUGGCUACAACCAUCUGUGUGAUAUCUGGGCCGCUGGCAUCACUGCUAUCGAGCUGGCUGAGCUCCAGCCGCCCAUGUUUGACCUCCACCCAAUGAGAGCGCUGAUGUUGAUGUCCAAGAGCAGCUUCCAGCCUCCAAGGCUAAAAGAUAAAAGCAAGUGGUCUGCAGGUUUCCAAAGCUUCGUGAAGAUGGCUCUCAUUAAAAACCCUCGUAAAAGGCCCUCAGCUGAGACACUGCUGCAGCAUCCAUUUGUGACACAGCUGCUGACUCGUAACCUGGUCCUUGAGCUGCUGGACAUGGCCAACAACCCUGAGCUCCACGGCAGCCACACACACAGCAUGGAUGACAACGAACUGGAGGUUGGGGAAGUGGCUCCAGACAAGAUCCAGUCGGCAGGAAAACACCUUCCCGUAGAGAGGACUUUGUCUGAAGAACAAUUUGACCAAGUGAAAUUUGGGCCUCCUCUGAGGAAAGUCACAGAACCGUAUCCUGAUCUGCAGGGCUCUUAUGACGAUAACUGGAGUCUGUCUGGAGAUGAAGAAAACUCACCGAGCCUGUUGGAAUGUGUGGAGCAAGCUCUGCAGCUGAGGAGUUUAACUAUCAAGAGGGCGCCAUCUACUGAUGGAGGUAGGAAGAGUGGUUUGUUCAACCCAUCUACAGCCUCUCUACCAGCCUUCAGCUCUUUAACUCCCACCACAGAGGACAAAGACCUGACACUGAGACCAAGCUGUACCCUGGGUCCUGACAGUGCCAUCACAGCUGAUCCCACCUCCAGCUCCACCACAGUGUUGGCCAGGUGCUCAGCCACACAGGACAUCAGACAGCGCUGCAGUGAUCCAUGUCUGCCUGGAGGGGAUGCUGUAAUAGCAGAGAAGAGGAAAGUUUCCUCUCCAAAGAGGGAAACGCCACUAUCACCUGAGUGGAGCACACUGAGAAAAAAGACUGAGGAUUCUAGGGCUGAUUGUCAUGGACUUCCUCCUACCCCUCAAGUCCAUAUGGGAGCCUGCUUCUCCAAAGUCUUCAACGGUUGCCCUCUUAAAAUACACUGUGCUGUCACCUGGAUUUUACCCAAGACAAGAGAUCAGUACCUUAUCCUUGGGGCAGAGGAAGGUAUCUACAUAUUGAAUCUUAAUGAACUUCAUGAAGACACACUGGAGAAGUUGCUCCCUCAGCGAUGUACAUGGCUGUAUGUCAUGAACAAUGUACUGAUGACUGUAUCAGGGAAGUCCUCUCAGCUUUAUUCCCACAAUCUGACGGCUCUGUUUGAACAGAGAGGACACGUGCAGAAGAAACACAGCAGUCUGUCACUCAGCACCAACCGCUUCACUGAGAGGAUCAAUCCCAGAAAGUUUGCCAUAUCUGUGAAGAUUCCUGACACUAAAGGCUGUAGGAGAUGUAGUGUAGCAAGAAACCCGUAUACAGACAGCACUUUCCUAUGUGGGGCGGUUCCAACUGGUCUGGUUCUGCUGCUGUGGUAUGAGCCCCUGCAGAAGUUCAUGCAUCUAAAGCACAUAGCAAUUAAGCUGCCAGACUCUCUGCCAGUAUUUGAGCUGCUGGUGCUGGUGACGGAUGAGUUUCCACAGCUGUGUGUUGGGGUGAGAGACAGUAGUGAUGGGAAACAGCCAAAUAGCCAACAGCUCAAGUUUGAUAUUAUAGAGCUGAACAACAUGCCUAUUUCAGCCCCAGAUGGUGGAGCACUCAGGGCAGCACAAGUAACCCAGAUGGACAGAGACACUGUUCUCAUCGCAUUAGAAAAAACUGUUAAGAUUGCAAACCUCCAAGGAGUUCCAUCGAAAGAACUGGCUCCUGAAAUGGUCUUUGACUUCUCCAUCGAAACCCUAGUCUGCUUACAGGAUAGUGUGCUGGCUUUCUGGAAGCAUGGGCUUAAAGGGAGGAAUUUUCAUUCAAAUGAGGUAACGCAAGAAAUUACAGAUGAGAGUCGAGUAUUCAGAGUUUUGGGAACAAACAGGGACAUCAUCCUUCAGAGCACACCAACAGAUGACCCCUCAGCACUGAGCAACCUGUACAUCCUGACUGGACAUGAAAGCAGCUACUGAGAGAAAACGAGUCACGCUGGAAAGAAUCUGUUUUAUAACGCUGUCAGGGAAACGACAUCCUUCCUGACAGAAGCUGUAGCUGACACCAGCACAAACUGCUCACACCAACCCUCUGCUGUCAAUGACAAAUGACAUUAUCUGAUUUAACAGCCUGUCCACACUUAAACGGUAAGUUGUUGGGCAACAUGUGCAUCAGAGAGACUUCAACUUAUUACGUUUUUUCAACUCUUGGGUUUGCUAAAUAAAGCUGCAAAAAAGAUUUUCAGUAACAAGAGCAACUUUUUUGCAACUAAAUGUGACCACAUACGUGCAUCCACACACACACACAACACAACCACUGGACCUCCAUGGCAAAUUCCAACCUCCUAGAGUGUAAACUGUGGUGCCCAAAGGGUUGGAGAUUGACCAGCUGACAAAAUGAGCUACAGAGCUGGUGGUUGAAGCUGAAAACAAUUCAUCUUUCCAGCCCAGUUCACAGUGUACUGCUGCAGGUAAGACGGUUCCUUCCUGCUGACUGAGAUUCCAUAGAUCCACUGCUCCCAGUAUGGAAAACAACAUCUGUUAGAGCACCCACAAGUUUCUGAUCUGAUGUUCUGAAGCUUUUGCUCUGCUCUGACUGUUUGCUACCUUUUUUGUCAGUUACUGGAACCAGAACAUUCAGUUAAAAUAGAGGACACUUGUGAACUGAGGAGGGAUGAGCAAGCUGCAAACAUCACAGCUGAGAGUCCAGUCAGUCCAUCAUAUGAAUAAACCAUCAUAUAGGUAUAGCGAUAAUUGCCACAGGAUUUCUGCGUAGUCUGACACAUAUUCAAGCCAGCAUCUGUCUAUUGUUAGAACUGCAGUUGAAGACAGUGAGACUUUGGCUUCACCAUUCAUCCUUGUGCCUUUUUUGGGCACAUGCACACCAGAUUCUUCACAAAGUAAUGCUGCGUUCACAUCAAUGUAAGUAAACCCAAAUUUAAUCAAUAUAGUGCUAUAUUAUCAACAUACAUUUUUCCUAAGCUCACUAGAAUGACUCUGCACAUCCCCAUGGCCAGCAGAUUUUGGUUUAGUGCCACUGCCAUCCAUUGACCUGGACAUGGCAAGCAAAUUAUUUUACCUUCAAACAGCAGAUGUGAGAAUAUAACCGCUGUAGUCAGUAUGUAAUACAACAUUACCAAUAAAAAUGAACAGUCAGAAAUUGACAUGUGAUAGUUGUUAGCAUAAUGCUAGCCCCUGUUUCCGGCUGGUCCAACUUUGAAAAAACUGUGAAGAAAUAAUGAACGCUGUUGUGUAAAACUGAAGCAAAAUUUUAACUCUUUGUCCAAGUUCCACUCAGCUUUCAGCAUUUGAUGUUAUUUUCCACAUAAGGCUUCUGUCACCAUUCCCCAAAACCUGGAACUGCGAUUUCAACAAUUACAGUUUACACUGGCUUUUUACUGAGAUAUUGUAUCUUCUUGUAUGCUAACUCCAGAACUAACAAGUUGUUCAUAUUUCCCUAGGCAGUACAGUAGUACUCAUUUAUCUUCAAAUGUUGACAGAGAUACACAGUGCCAUGGUCCCAUAUGUAGCAGCAUGUCAGUGAUAUCUAAAUUGUCUGCUUGGAUGUUGCAAAAGUAGUAAAAAAAAAAAAAAGUAUAUACUUAUCCAAGACCAUGUAAUGCUGACAGCUGCAUUUAAACGUAUUGUGAAGAUCGUGAAUGUGCUAGCACAGCUACAUUAUGUGCUGAGAGAAAUCCUGUUCAGUUAUCUGAAUAUGAGCGGUCAGUUAUCCAUAGGUGCCAAACACAGCUUCAGCCGGUGACUUAAAUAUCCCCUUCUCUGUGUCCUUUAUCAUUAAUUCUGCUUACCCAUAGAUAAAAGUACAUUUGAUUCCGUAAGGUGCCAUAGAAACUAAAUGCAAUUAAAUUGUACUUCUGCUUGUUUGACUAAAAUGUAAAUUCCACUACAUUUGUGUGUAAUAUUAUUUAUGGUAUUUAUGGAAAGGAAACUGUAAGAAACACUCACCUUUCCUUGAGAGAUACUUGAAAGACAUAAAUGCCCCUCGCUAUUUGUUUUUUUAAAGAAGAUUUUAUUGUUACUGUUUUAAAAAAUUCAUGUACUGUAUAUAACAACACAAUAUGCUCUUACGAUAUGAAGAGGCUGUCAUAUGCGAAAUAAAGAUUUUAAUGUCAUUUGAAAAUGAA